UCCUGACCUUUCGGGAGAUCUGGAAUCGUAGUUUCUGCCGGCCUUUGGAGCAGCUGGUGGACGUCAUUACCGAGUUCCCCAGCGAGGUGGAGUACAUUUUCAGACCCUCCUGCGUCUCCUUGCAGCGCUGUGGAGGCUGUUGUGGGGACGAGGGUCUCCACUGCGUCCCUGUGGAGACAGCCACGGUCACCAUGGAGGUCCUGAAGAUCAAGCCAAACGGGGAGUCACCCUAUGUGAAGAUGGCAUUCACUGAGCACAAGCAGUGCGAAUGCAGGCCCCGGCAGGACCUGAUGAGGUCAGGAAGGAGGAGGUCCAAGGGCCGAGGUAAGAGAAGACAAGACAAGAAGGGACAGAAAGACUGUGAACU